CGACUUGGGUUAAAUGGGGAUGGCGAUUAGCUCAUCAAAACAACCGAGGCCCGCCAGUCGAUCUUUGCACUUAUAACGAUGCACAACGCGGUGCAGAUCCUCUAUGUUUGGCUUGUAGGCCAGCCAAUAAUUGGCCUCGCGUGGGCGGCCUCCAUUGUCCAGGAUGACCUCAACCAGGACACGCCCUACAACAGGGAGCUGCUGCGACAGGCCAAGGUGGCCGAGAUUGAGAGCUUCAUGGACCAAAAGGCCGAUCCGUGCGACGACUUCUACACCUUUGCCUGCGGCAACUACAAACGCAUCAACUCGGCCUUCAGCAUGGAGGUAAUCACGACCGGCGUGUUUGAGACCCUGACCAAGGGCCUGAACCGUAAGAUCCUGAAGAUGCUCAACACGGCGCACGACACCCACGACACGCCGGAGGACAUUCAGGUGAAGCACUUCUACGAGUCCUGCCUCCGGAUCAACGAGCUCAACGGCACGUACACAGGAAAGCUGAAGCGGCUGAUCGCCGAGUUCGGAACGAUGCCGGUGCUGGAAGGGUCCUCCUGGCAGGACGAGGACUUCGACUGGCUGGGGACCACGGCACGCAUCGCGUUCCGCUACGGAAUAGCGCCCAUUCUGGGCAUUGAGGUCAACAAGGACCUGGCCAGCAACCAGAGGAACCGGAUCUACCUGGGGCAGCAGGAGUUUCCGCUCGAGUCGCGGUCCAUGUACGUGGACAAUUCCACGGCCAUGUACCGUCAGAGAUACCGGAGCAGCAUCCAACGCAUCUUGCAACGAUCCUUGGGCGUGAAGUCGGAGUUGGCGAGGCAGACGGCCAAGGAGCUGGUCGACUUCGAGGUGGACCUUGCCCAAGGGCUGGUGGACGACAGCGAAGGCCUGGACCUUAGUGAACUGACCGAGCUGCUGACAGUGCAAGAGAUUCAAGAGCGAUACUCGCCCACUCUGGACAUCGACCGACUGAUAUUUGUGAGCAUGGGAGAGCGCGUUUCCGAUCAAAUCUACGAGUACAACAAACGCUAUCAGCAAAACCUGGUCGACGUCAUCCAGCGCACACCACUGCGCACCAUAGCCAACUAUAUGUUCUUCCGGCUCAUCUGGGAGUUCGUGGAGACGCCAGCCGACAAGCCGGAAAAGCAGCAAAAGGCCUGCUUGGACCUCACCAAAAAGUUCUUUGCCAAGAACCUGGACAACAUGUUCUACCGUCGCUACAACAACGAGAAAUCCUCGAGAGAAAUCGACAGCAUGUGGCGUCAGCUGAAAGCCACCUUUAAUGAGACACUGCACACGAGUCCGGCACUGGACUGGAUCGAGCGACCCACCAGGAAUUUGGCCAUCGCCAAGCUGCAGGCCAUGAGGCUGCAGGUGAACAACUACGCCGAGGAUAACUUCACGGAAGAGUUCGCGGAUCUCAACCUGCAAAGUGCCGACUACGUGGAGAACGUGCGGCAGACCAGCCUGCUUGCGGCCAAACAGAUGCGCGAGAUGCUCCACAAGCCGGCCAAACCGUUCGAGGCGGGCUCCCAGCUGAGCUACACCCCGGCCAACAUCCUCAUAGAGAACAUCAUCAAGGUGCCGGUGGCGCUGCUGCAGCCCUUCUACAUUUGGUCCGACGUCUAUCCCAGUGCGGUGAUGUUCGGCACCCUGGCCUCGCUGAUUGGACAUGAGCUGAUCCACGGCUUCGACGACAGUGGACGCAAGUUCGAUGCCAAGGGAAACGCCUACGACUGGUGGGACGAGAGGUCCAGCAGCAAUUUUCUGAAGCGCAGGGACUGCUUCACGAAGCAGUAUGGCCGCUAUGUCUACGAUGGCAUUCAACUGAAGGAGUCCGCCUCGCAGUCGGAGAACAUUGCGGACAAUGGGGGCCUGCGGCUGGCCUUCACCGCCUACCGGAAGUGGUACGAGUCCCAGUCGGACCUGGCCAAGGAGAGACUGCCCAGCAUGCGGUACACUGCCAAGCAGAUCUUCUUCAUCAGCUUCGCUCAGAUCUGGUGCAACGAUGCGCAUCCGAGUGUCAAGGCCCUGCAAGUGUCCACCGACCAGCACAUGCCGGGAAAGUUCCGCGUCAUUGGCUCAGUAUCGAACUUUGAAGAGUUCGCGAAAGAGUUCAACUGCCCAGCCGGAUCCGCCAUGAAUCCCAGCGAGAAGUGCAUACUCUACUAGAAGGGAAAACGCAUUAUCUGCUUGUCAAUAUUGAUCUACAGUUUUGUUUGAACAAAGCUCGAUUUUUUGUAUAAUUUUGCUGCUUAAGCUUCACCUAAUAAA